CCCAUCACCCCCUGCAAAGAGUUCUUGAACACUCAAACAAGCCAAAUAAAUAAAUAAAAUAAAAUAAAGGCCAGCCCUUUUCAAGAUCCAAAGAUGGCAUUCAACAAGCUUGUUGCGGUGUUCCUCGUCUGCAUCGUCUUCGGUGCCGCCCUCAACGCAGAGAAGGCCGCUGCCGUCGAUGAGAAGUUCAAGUCGUGCUUCGACAACUGCCUCUCGGAGUGCUUGGCAGACAACCGCGGCUACACCUUCUGCGAGAUGAGGUGCGACGCUGACUGCUCCGAGAAGGAAUUCAUGGACAAAUUGAAGAGCAGGUUCAACUAGAAGGACUCAACAUCGGAAUUGAAGAGCGCAAACCGAAAGAGGGCAGGGCAGUGUGAUGCGUAAUAAAAGUCGGAAGAGUCGAAAGACUCUUUCGAUGUUUAUGUGAUCUUGAUCACGAAAAAAAAAAGUUGCAAUAAAAUUGAAUUUAUAGUAUAUUCCUCGUGUCGAGUUUAGCUUUUUUGACAUAUUUCUUUUGAAAUUGUUGAUGACUCUAAGAUGAAUCUCGACUAUAUAUCUCACCGAUAUUAAUCGGGUUCCAUGUGCAAGCAAGAAUAAACAUAAUAAGCAAUUAUCUCAUAA